GUCGCUUCGCGGUUGCUGCCCAACGUCCGGGCCGCACCUCUGAGGCGGCUAAGGCCGCGCAAGAGGGCGACACUCGACUCCACCCGGGCUGCCCCGCCCCCUUCCCCUCGCCCCCUUCCAGACGCAGCAUAAUCAGGGUCGGCCUCGCCCUCCCUCGCGCGUCCCGCGCUCCGCCCUGAGACUAUCGGCGCUGGGUCCCGCGCCCGGCCGUCUCCGCCCGAACCCUCAGGCCCAUGGCCAAGCGGCGUGCGGCUGAGCCGCUGACGUUCCACGUGCCUUGGAAGCGGCUCCUGCUCUGCGACUUCACGGAGGAGCCGCCGCCGCCGUCGCCGAUUUGGAUCCCGCCGUCGGGGCCCUCGCAUYCUGGGCUACCGCGAAAGCGCAAAAUCGACGCAGGGGCCAUGUCAGAGCCUUCGGCUUCGCCCAGCAAGCGCCGCGACAGCGGGGACAGCAGCGCCCCGAGCGGCGGGGAGCGUGAGGGCCGCGGCCUGGAGACGGGCGAGCCACCGCUGUCGCUGCUGCCGGGAGGGCCCCGGGGGCCAGGGGAGGAGCCCCGGGACGCCCGGCCCCCGGGGGGCGGUGGUGACGACGGGGCGGGGCGCACAGGGCCCCCGCGGGAAGACUGGGGGGCCGCACCGCUCCAGCACAAUGAAGAAUUUUGGCAGUAUAAUACUUUCCAGUACUGGAGAAAUCCUUUACCACCUAUUGAUCUGUCAGACAUCGAAGAUGUGAGUGGAAACAACCAGUCAGAAGCAGCACUUGAGGGCAAGAAUGAAGUGGUUGAGAUUGACAUGGAGUCCUGACAUAAAGAGCUGAAGAAAUGGGAUUUCCUGAAUUUGAGGAGACAUCUCUAAGUGAAUUCAUGUAUUUUUUAGGAAAAAGUUGUUUUCCUUACUUGAUGUAUCAUUUCCAAACCUGAAAAAUGAGGAAAGGUUGUUUUGAAGAUAAAUGCCUGUAGUUACUACUGACCUACUAAUAGGGAUUUGUCAACAAUAUAGCAGAAUGGUAGGCAAAAUAUUUAUGCAUAUAUUUUUAAAGAAGCAAGUUUUGUUUAGGUUCUGACUUUUAAGAAACUGAUCUUACAAAAAAGGAUUCUAGAAGUCUUAGGAAUGCAUGGAAAAUACUCAAAUCUUUCUCUCAUCUGCACCAAAAAGUUUGUGGCUCAUGGAUAUCAUUUUAUAAUAACUUAUUAAUAAAAUAAUUUCUAAUACAUCUUACUGACUCUUCUUAGUUGAACAAAUAACUGACUUGAACAUCUAUGCAAACUUAAAAUGUGGGGAUUCUUUGAAAGCUAGUAUUGUUUUUAUAGUUUUGUAAAAAUGAAAAGUAAUAAGAAUUUCAAUUUGGGUUUAAAUAACUUCCAAUAUUUGAUAUUUGUUGAACUCUACUAUGGUUAAUCAAAAAUGGAUAAAGAAAAAUGAAAAGUCAGUUCUUGGUCACCUCCUCCUUUUCCAAUAUAAAAGGAAAGAAAUUUAUCAUGACCACUUUGUUGGUUUUGAAUUGAUUUGAGGGCAUGUUUUUUUUUUUUUUUUUUUUUUU